UGUCGUGUGUUUUCGUCGCAGCCACAUUGGAGAAUCGCAGCGAGCGGAGAAAAUUCGAUUCUCAGUCGCCUUCUCCUCGUGUCGCCGUCGGAAUUUGGAUUUCAGUUCGCAACAAUCUGGCUAUAUUACAAAAUAAAUAUAUUCAAGAAUAUACGAAACGAAGUGCAAGAAAAUUCCUAGUGCAGUGCAGACAAAUUGAAGUUCAUCGAAUCAAUAAUCAGUUCAUAUAGCCCCUGAAAGCCUCCGCCAAAAGCCAAAUUCUUCGCCGCGUUUUAUUUUGUUUUCGUCACCGAUUUUUGUCGCCGUCGCCGCUGCUUUUUCGCCGCGUGUGAGAAAAGUUCGGUGGAAAAUAUUUAUACAGAUAUAUUCAAAUCGGGCAGAAUUUCCACUAGAGCAACAAGAGUGAUUUUUAAUUAUUAUUCAGCCGAGAAAAUCCAACAGCGAAUACACAGCAGUAGCACAACAAAUACACAGAGUAAAAGGCGAAAAGAAAUAUUGUUCAACAAGUCAAACGAGUUCUUUUUGGCUCGCUUCGGCCGUGUGGCUAAAGAUACAACAACAUUGUGUUUGUGGCAGCGGGUUUUCGCCGUGUUGUUUUUGUUGCGCCUUUGGUGAAAAAUAUUGGCAACCGCCGCAGCAUUUCAGCGGCUCAAGCCCAAAAGGAGCACCACAGCAAAGAAGAGGCCACGAAAUAAUUGCCAUGGCCCUGCUGGAAGGAGGCAACAUCAGUGAAGGACGCUCGUAGCUCCUCAUAGCUUUCUUCUCGACAUCCACCCAGAGUGGAUCCAUUAACCAUGAAAGCCACGUUGGAUUCGGUAGCCGCCAUCGAAACGAUGACGAGGGUAACAUUCACUGCGAACCACGAGUCGAAGGACUUUGCAAUAUUCCAUCGAUGCCGGAGACGAUCCAACAUCAAAUCGGUAUAUUCGCCACCUGCCCUGCAUCCCUGGCACAUGUUGCGGAGUAGCUUACUAAUUCUAGUGGCAAUCGUUCUCCUGGGAUCUUCGCACGCUGCCUCUCACGAUCAGGAGAGGGAGCGAAAGCUAGAAGUCUUCGAAGGCGUUGCCGUGGACUAUCAAAUCGGUUAUAUAGGAGACUUCGGCGGAAUCGAUAGUGGUCCACCAUACAUUAUUGUGGCGGAGGCAGGAGUAGAAACAGAUCUCGCCAUAGAUCGGGCCACGGGAGAGAUCCGCACAAAGGUCAAACUGGACAGGGAAACUCGAGCUUCUUACAGUCUAGUGGCUAUUCCCCUGAGUGGUCGUAAUAUUCGAGUGCUGGUCACAGUUAAAGAUGAGAACGACAAUGCCCCCACGUUUCCACAAACAUCGAUGCACAUAGAGUUCCCAGAAAAUACCCCAAGGGAGGUAAAGAGAACUCUUCUUCCGGCAAGGGAUCUGGAUCUGGAACCCUACAACACCCAGAGAUAUAACAUCGUGUCGGGAAACGUAAAUGACGCCUUUAGGUUGUCGUCCCACAGAGAAAGGGACGGUGUCCUGUACUUGGAUCUGCAGAUCAGUGGUUUUUUAGAUAGAGAGACCACGCCAGGCUAUAGUCUUUUAAUAGAAGCUUUAGAUGGAGGAACUCCCCCGUUGCGUGGAUUUAUGACUGUUAAUAUUACCAUUCAGGAUGUAAAUGAUAAUCAACCGAUCUUCAAUCAGAGCAGGUACUUUGCAACGGUGCCAGAGAAUGCCACUGUGGGCACCAGUGUCCUGCAGGUGUAUGCAUCAGACACGGAUGCCGAUGAGAAUGGUUUGGUGGAAUAUGCCAUCAACAGAAGACAGAGCGACAAGGAGCAAAUGUUUCGCAUAGAUCCCAGAACAGGAGCGAUUUACAUCAACAAAGCACUGGAUUUCGAGACAAAGGAGCUGCAUGAACUUGUGGUGGUGGCCAAGGAUCAUGGUGAACAGCCGCUGGAGACAACCGCCUUUGUUUCCAUCAGAGUCACAGAUGUAAAUGACAACCAACCGACUAUAAAUGUGAUAUUCCUCAGUGAUGAUGCCUCCCCAAAAAUAUCGGAGUCGGCCCAACCGGGCGAAUUCGUGGCUAGAAUUUCGGUGCAUGACCCCGAUUCGAAAACUGAGUAUGCCAAUGUGAAUGUGACGCUCAAUGGAGGAGAUGGUCACUUCGCGUUGACCACCAGGGAUAACAGUAUUUAUUUGGUAAUAGUUCACCUGCCGCUGGACAGGGAGAUAGUUUCCAAUUAUACCCUGAGUGUUGUAGCCACCGAUAAGGGAACACCGCCCCUGCAUGCAUCCAAGUCGAUCUUCCUAAGGAUUACCGAUGUCAAUGACAAUCCACCAGAGUUCGAGCAGGAUCUCUAUCACGCCAACGUGAUGGAGGUGGCCGAUCCGGGUACAUCGGUUCUUCAAGUUCUAGCCCACGAUCGCGAUGAGGGCCUAAACUCGGCUUUGACCUACUCGCUGGCCGAAACGCCCGAAACACAUGCUCAGUGGUUUCAGAUUGACCCACAAACGGGACUGAUCACCACCCGAUCGCAUAUUGAUUGCGAAACGGAGCCCGUGCCGCAGCUUACGGUUGUCGCUAGGGACGGUGGAGUGCCCCCGCUUUCCUCCACAGCCACGGUCCUUGUGACCAUUCACGACGUCAACGACAACGAACCGAUCUUCGACCAGAGCUUCUACAACGUAUCCGUCGCUGAAAACGAACCCGUGGGCAGGUGCAUACUCAAGGUUUCUGCAAGUGAUCCAGAUUGCGGAGUAAAUGCCAUGGUGAACUACACCAUCGGCGAGGGCUUCAAGCACCUCACCGAAUUCGAGGUGCGCUCCGCUUCUGGCGAGAUUUGCAUAGCUGGCGAACUUGACUUCGAGCGGAGGAGUAGCUAUGAAUUUCCCGUACUGGCCACCGAUCGUGGGGGUCUGAGCACCACUGCCAUGAUUAAAAUGCAAUUGACCGAUGUGAACGACAACCGUCCGGUUUUCUAUCCCAGGGAAUACAAAGUAUCGCUCAGGGAGUCCCCGAAAGCCCCCUCUCAAGCAUCGAGUACUCCGAUCGUCGCUGUGGUGGCCACAGAUCCGGAUUACGGAAACUUUGGCCAGGUCUCAUAUAGGAUUGUGGCCGGCAACGAGGCGGGCAUCUUCCGGAUUGAUCGAUCCACUGGGGAAAUCUUCGUGGUCCGUCCGGAUAUGCUAUCCGUUCGUACCCAACCCAUGCACAUGCUGAAUAUAUCGGCGACCGAUGGCGGUAAUCUAAGGAGCAAUGCCGACGCCGUGGUCUUCUUGAGCAUCAUCGACGCCAUGCAGCGACCUCCGAUCUUCGAAAAGGCCAGAUACAAUUACUACGUGAAGGAGGACAUUCCGAGGGGCACGGUUGUGGGUUCUGUGAUAGCUGCGAGUGGAGAUGCCGUCCAUCGAAGUCCGAUUAGGUAUUCGAUAUACUCGGGCGAUCCCGAUGGCUAUUUCAGCAUAGAAACGAACUCUGGAAACAUACGUAUAGCUAAGCCCCUGGAUCAUGAAGCUAAGUCCCAGGUUCUACUCAACAUCCAAGCCACCUUGGGAGAACCUCCGGUUUAUGGACACACUCAGGUCAAUAUCGAAGUUGAGGAUGUCAACGAUAAUGCACCUGAGUUCGAGGCCAGUAUGGUUAGGAUUUCCGUACCGGAAAGUGCAGAGCUGGGAGCACCACUCUAUGCUGCACAUGCCCACGAUAAAGAUUCGGGAAGCAGUGGUCAAGUUACUUAUAGCCUGGUCAAAGAUUCUGGAAAAGGACUCUUUGCAAUCGACGCGAGAUCUGGCCACUUAAUUUUGUCACAACACCUAGAUUACGAGAGCUCCCAACGCCACACCCUUAUUGUAACCGCCACUGAUGGUGGAGUUCCGAGCCUUUCGACGAACUUAACCAUCUUGGUGGAUGUACAGGAUGUCAACGAUAACCCACCAGUUUUUGAAAAGGAAGAGUAUUCUGUGAAUGUGUCCGAAUCGCGAUCGAUCAAUGCUCAGAUUAUUCAAGUUAAUGCCAGCGAUCUGGACACGGGCAACAAUGCCAGGAUCACCUAUAGGAUUGUGGAUGCCGGAGUGGACAACGUCACGAACUCCAUUAGCAGCUCAGAUGUGUCGCAACAUUUUGGCAUAUUCCCAAACUCCGGUUGGAUAUAUUUGCGUGCUCCUCUGGAUCGAGAGGCCAGGGAUCGCUAUAAACUGACGGUUUUAGCCACGGACAAUGGCACUCCCGCUGCCCACGCAAAAACACGUGUCAUAGUUCGUGUUCUCGAUGCCAACGAUAAUGAUCCCAAGUUCCAGAAAUCAAAAUACGAAUUUAGGAUAGAGGAGAACCUCAGGAGAGGCUCCAUUGUGGGAGUGGUGACCGCCAGCGAUCUGGAUCUGGGUGAGAAUGCCGCCAUAAGAUACAGCCUGCUGCCGAUCAACUCCAGCUUCCAGGUGCAUCCCGUCACAGGAGAAAUUUCCACCCGAGAGCCUCUGGAUCGAGAGCUCCGGGAGCUGUACGACCUUGUAGUGGAGGCCCGUGAUCAGGGAACUCCAGUGAGAAGUGCCCGCGUUCCCGUACGCAUCCAAGUAAGCGAUGUCAAUGAUAACGCACCCGAGAUCGCAGAUCCGCAGGAGGAUGUGGUGAGCGUAAGAGAGGAGCAACCACCGGGAACUGAAGUGGUGCGAGUUCGAGCCGUCGAUCGGGAUCACGGGCAGAAUGCCUCCAUUACGUAUUCAAUUGUCAAGGGCCGGGACUCUGAUGGGCACGGACUAUUCAGCAUUGAUCCCACUAGCGGAGUGAUCCGAACUCGAGUGGUUUUGGACCACGAGGAAAGGAGCAUCUAUCGCCUGGGUGUGGCCGCGUCCGACGGCGGCAGUCCGCCCAGGGAGACAGUACGGAUGUUGCGGGUUGAAGUUUUGGAUCUGAACGACAACCGCCCAACAUUUACCAGUUCCAGCUUGGUCUUCAGGGUACGCGAGGAUGCCGCCCUUGGCCAUGUGGUCGGUUCCAUCAGUCCCAUCGAACGUCCGGCGGAUGUCGUCAGAAAUAGCGUGGAGGAGUCCUUCGAAGAUCUGCGCGUCACCUACACUCUAAAUCCCCUGACCAAGGACCUGAUCGAGGCUGCCUUCGACAUCGACCGUCAUUCGGGAAACCUGGUCGUGGCUCGUCUCUUGGACAGAGAGGUUCAAUCCGAAUUUAGGUUGGAAAUUAGGGCUUUAGAUACCACUGCUACUAAUAAUCCGCAGAGCAGCGCCAUCACGGUUAAGAUCGAGGUGGCCGAUGUCAAUGAUAAUGCCCCCGAAUGGCCACAGGAUCCCAUCGACCUUCAGGUGAGCGAAGCCACUCCAGUUGGCACAAUAAUACACAACUUUACGGCCACGGAUGCGGACACGGGAACCAAUGGGGACCUACAGUAUCGAUUGAUCCGAUACUUCCCCCAACUCAAUGAAAGCCAAGAGCAGGCAAUUUUUAGCAUGGACUCCUUGACGGGAGCACUCAGUCUGCAGGCUCCUUUGGACUUCGAGGCGGUGCAGGAGUAUCUUCUCAUUGUCCAGGCACUGGAUCAGUCCUCGAAUGUAACAGAAAGACUGCAGACUUCGGUGACCGUGAGACUGCAAGUUCUAGAUGCCAACGACAAUGCCCCGCAGUUUGUUUCACCCAAUUCAAGUGGUGGCAAAACGGCAUCUCUUUUCAUAAGUGAUGCAACUAGAAUUGGCGAGGUUGUGGCGCACAUUGUAGCCGUGGAUGAGGAUUCCGGGGAUAAUGGACGACUUACCUACGAAAUCACGGGGGGCAACGGGGAAGGCCGCUUUAGAAUCAAUUCCCAAACAGGAAUAAUUGAGCUGGUUAAGUCCCUGCCACCGGCCACCGAGGACGUGGAAAAAGGUGGACGGUUUAAUCUAAUUAUCACUGCCAAAGAUCAUGGUCAACCGGAGCCCAAGAAAAGCUCUCUAAGUCUGCACCUUGUCGUCCAAGGCAGCCACAAUAAUCCACCCCGAUUUCUUCAGGCUGUUUAUCGAGCCACAAUUUUGGAGAACGUUCCUAGCGGAAGUUUCGUCCUGCAAGUUACUGCAAAAUCACUGCACGGUGCAGAAAAUGCUAAUUUAAGCUAUGAAAUUCCCGCUGGCGUGGCAAAUGAUCUGUUCCACGUGGACUGGCAGAGGGGCAUCAUUACCACCCGGGGACAGUUUGACCGGGAGUCCCAGGCAAGUUAUGUCCUGCCCGUCUACGUACGGGAUGCCAACCGCCUGUCGACGUUGUCCUCUUCAGCGGUGAGAAAGCAACGCUCGUCGGACAGCAUCGGAGAUACAUCGAACGGCCAGCACUUCGAUGUGGCCACAGUUUACAUAACGGUAGGGGAUGUCAACGACAACUCCCCGGAAUUCCGACCAGGGUCAUGUUAUGGUCUAUCAGUCCCAGAGAACAGUGAACCCGGUGUAAUCCACACUGUUGUGGCCAGCGAUCUGGAUGAAGGUCCGAAUGCGGAUCUUAUUUACAGUAUUACGGGCGGCAAUCUGGGCAACAAGUUCAGCAUUGACUCCAGUUCAGGAGAGCUAAGUGCCCGACCCUUGGAUAGAGAACAGAACUCUCGGUACACCCUGCAGAUCCAGGCCUCCGAUCGGGGGCAACCGAAAAGCCGUCAAGGACACUGCAACAUCACCAUAUUCGUCGAGGAUCAGAACGACAAUGCCCCAAGGUUCAAGCUGAGCAAAUAUACUGGCAGUGUGCAGGAGGACGCACCACUGGGCACCAGUGUGGUGCAGAUCAGUGCGGUGGAUGCGGAUUUGGGCGUCAACGCCAGACUCGUUUACUCGCUGGCCAAUGAAACGCAAUGGCAGUUUGCCAUCGACAGCCAGAGCGGAUUAAUCACCACCGUGGGAAAACUGGAUCGCGAGCUGCAGGCGAGCUACAACUUCAUGGUAUUGGCCACGGACGGAGGACGUUAUGAAGUGAGAUCAGCUACGGUUCCGGUGCAGAUCAACGUGCUGGAUAUUAAUGACAACAGACCCGUUUUCGAGCGAUAUCCCUAUAUAGGGCAGGUCCCAGCUCUCAUCCAACCUGGCCAGACAUUGCUGAAGGUUCAAGCCCUAGAUGCAGAUUUGGGUGCGAAUGCCGAGAUUGUGUAUUCCCUCAAUGCUGAAAAUUCAGCAGUAAGUGCCAAGUUCAGAAUAAAUCCAAGCACGGGUGCCUUGAGUGCCUCUCAGAGUUUGGCCAGUGAAUCUGGGAAGCUUUUGCACCUGGAGGUCGUUGCCAGGGAUAAGGGAACUCCGCCUCAAUCCAGCCUGGGCCUCAUUGAACUUCUAAUAGGUGAAGCUCCGCAAGGAACUCCAGUUCUUAGGUUCCAAAACGAGACCUAUCGAGUUAUGCUCAAGGAGAAUUCUCCUUCGGGUACAAGACUUCUUCAAGUGGUUGCACUGCGCAGUGAUGGCCGCCGGCAAAAGGUGCAAUUCUCAUUUGGCGCUGGUAAUGAAGAUGGGAUUUUGUCCUUAGACUCACUCUCAGGUGAAAUAAGGGUGAAUAAGCCCCAUUUACUUGAUUUCGACCGCUUCUCCACACCCUCAAUGUCAGCCUUUAAUCGUGCCAGAGCUCUGCAUUAUGAGGAGGAAUUGGAGGAAUCAUCAGAGGAUGAUACAAAUAAUAGCACCCGAUCGCAAAGGGCCUUGACUUCCUCAUCUUUCGCCCUGACCAACAGCCAACCCAAUGAAAUACGUGUGGUCUUAGUUGCUCGCACCGCAGAUGCUCCAUUCCUGGCCAGCUAUGCGGAACUAGUGAUUGAGCUUGAGGACGAGAACGACAAUAGCCCAAAGUUUUCGCAGAAGCAAUUUGUGGCAACGGUUUCAGAAGGUAACAACAAGGGAACCUUUGUGGCACAAGUUCAUGCAUUCGAUUCGGAUGCGGGCUCCAACGCCCGGCUGCGAUAUCACAUCGUUGAUGGCAACCACGACAAUGCAUUCGUUAUUGAACCCGCCUUCAGUGGCAUAGUGAGGACCAACAUAGUUCUGGAUCGGGAGAUACGCGAUAUAUAUAAGCUCAAGAUAAUUGCAACCGAUGAGGGAGUGCCCCAAAUGACUGGCACGGCCACAAUAAGGGUGCAGAUCGUCGAUGUGAAUGACAACCAGCCCACUUUUCCGCCAAACAAUCUGGUCACUGUCAGUGAAGCUACUGAACUUGGAGCCGUGAUAACCUCUAUUUCAGCCAACGAUGUGGACACUUACCCCGCCCUGACCUACCGCCUUGGCGCAGAGUCCACCGUGGAUAUAGAAAACAUGUCCAUCUUUGCCUUGGAUCGAUAUAGCGGAAAGCUGGUUCUAAAACAUCGCCUGGACUAUGAGCUCCAGCAGGAGUAUGAACUCGACGUGAUUGCUUCGGAUGCAGUCCAUGAAGCUCGCACUGUUCUCACUGUGCGAGUGAACGAUGAAAACGACAAUGCACCAGUAUUCCUGGCCCAACAGCCUCCGGCUUACUUUGCCAUUUUGCCAGCUAUAUCCGAGAUCAGCGAGAGUCUUUCCGUGGACUUCGAUCUCCUAACUGUCAACGCCACUGACGCAGAUUCGGAGGGCAAUAACUCAAAGGUUAUUUAUAUCAUUGAACCGGCCCAAGAGGGUUUCACUGUGCACCCAUCAAAUGGUGUUGUGUCUGUUAAUAUGUCCAGAUUACAGCCGGCCGUAUCACCUAGCGGAGAUUAUUUUGUAAGAAUUAUAGCCAAGGACGCAGGAAAACCAGUUUUGAAAAGCUCAACACUUUUGAGAGUACAGGCAAGUGACAACGGUUCCGGACGUUCGCAAUUCCUACAGAACCAAUAUAGGGCUCAGAUAAGCGAGUCAGCUCCUUUGGGAUCGGUUGUUCUCCAGCUGGGACAGGAUGUUUUGGAUCAGUCCUUAGCUAUCGUUGCUGGAAAUGAAGAAUCCGCUUUUGAGUUGCUCCAAUCCAAAGCAAUUGUUUUGGUCAAGCCCUUGGAUAGAGAACGCAAUGAUCUCUACAAACUGCGAUUGGUUUUAAGCCAACCACAUGGACCUCCACUUAUUUCAAGCUUAAAUUCCUCGUCUGGAAUCUCAGUAAUCAUAACAAUCCUGGAUGCCAACGAUAACUUCCCAAUUUUCGAUCGAAGCGCUAAGUAUGAGGCUGAGAUCAGCGAACUUGCUCCUCUGAGGUAUUCCAUAGCGCAGUUGCAGGCCAUUGAUGCCGAUCAGGAGAACACCCCAAGCUCAGAAGUGGUAUACGACAUAACCUCUGGCAAUGAUGAGCACAUGUUUACGAUAGAUCUGGUCACCGGCGUUCUCUUUGUGAACAAUCGCUUGGACUACGAUUCGGGGGCCAAGAGUUACGAGCUUAUAAUCCGAGCCUGCGAUAGUCAUCAUCAAAGACCACUUUGCAGCUUGCAACCCUUUCGAUUGGAACUCCACGACGAGAACGACAACGAACCCAAGUUCCCGCUAUCUGAAUAUGUUCACUUCCUGGCUGAAAACGAGCCGGUUGGCAGCUCCGUAUUCCGUGCUCAUGCCAGUGAUUUGGAUAAGGGACCCUUCGGGCAAUUAAACUACAGCAUAGGUCCUGUUCCCAGCGACGAGAGCUCUUGGAAAAUGUUCCGAGUGGAUUCAGAAAGUGGUCUGGUUACAUCCGCCUUCGUAUUCGACUAUGAGCAAAGACAGCGCUAUGACAUGGAGCUGCUCGCCUCCGAUAUGGGCGGUAAGAAGGCCAGUGUGGCUGUGCGCGUGGAGAUUGAGUCGAGGGAUGAGUUCACCCCGCAGUUCACAGAGCGCACCUAUAGGUUUGUGCUGCCAGCCGCCGUGGCCCUGCCCCAAGGAUACGUAGUGGGUCAAGUGACUGCCACUGAUAGUGACAGUGGCCCGGACGGACGAGUGGUUUAUCAACUAAGUGCCCCACACUCGCAUUUUAAGGUAAACCGCAGCAGCGGGGCUGUCCUAAUCAAGAGGAAACUCAAACUCGAUGGCGACGGAGACGGAAAUCUGUACAUGGAUGGUCGAGAUAUCAGUCUAGUUAUCUCAGCUUCCUCGGGGCGUCAUAACUCCUUAUCCAGUAUGGCUGUUGUCGAGAUUGCCUUGGAUCCUUUGGCACAUCCAGGCACAAACCUGGCCAGUGCAGGUGGCUCGUCAGGUGGUUCCAUUGGCGAUUGGGCAAUUGGUCUCCUGGUAGCUUUUCUUCUAGUCCUCUGCGCUGCCGCCGGAAUCUUUCUGUUCAUCCAUAUGAGAAGCCGGAAACCGCGGAUUGCGGUCAAGCCUCAUCUUGCCACGGACAAUGCUGGUGUGGGCAAUACCAACAGCUAUGUGGACCCCAGUGCUUUCGACACGAUCCCUAUAAGAGGAAGCAUAUCGGGCGGUGCUGCAGGAGCGGCAUCUGGUCAAUUCGCUCCCCCGAAGUACGACGAGAUUCCUCCGUUUGGAGCUCAUGCUGGCAGCUCCGGAGCAGCUACAACUUCCGAGUUGUCGGGCUCCGAACAGUCCGGAUCCAGUGGCCGCGGCUCUGCUGAGGACGAUGGGGAGGAUGAGGAGAUUCGUAUGAUCAACGAGGGACCACUGCAUCACCGCAAUGGUGGAGCUGGGGCAGGCAGCGAUGACGGCCGAAUUUCGGAUAUAUCUGUGCAAAACACCCAGGAAUACUUGGCUCGUCUGGGCAUAGUAGAUCACGAUCCUAGUGGCGCAGGAGGAGGAGCUUCCAGUAUGGCUGGUUCAAGUCACCCAAUGCACUUGUAUCACGAUGAUGAUGCCACAGCACGGUCGGAUAUUACGAACCUCAUCUAUGCCAAGCUUAAUGACGUGACAGGAGCUGGUUCAGAAAUAGGAAGCAGUGCAGACGACGCGGGAACCACUGCGGGCUCCAUCGGAACCAUCGGAACUGCUAUCACCCAUGGCCAUGGGGUGAUGAGCAGUUAUGGCGAAGUUCCUGUUCCAGUUCCGGUUGUGGUUGGCGGCAGUAAUGUGGGUGGUUCCCUGAGCUCCAUAGUUCACAGUGAGGAGGAAUUGACUGGCAGCUACAACUGGGAUUACCUAUUGGAUUGGGGACCACAAUAUCAGCCACUUGCGCAUGUGUUUUCCGAAAUAGCGAGACUGAAAGAUGACACCUUAUCGGAGCACAGUGGGAGUGGGGCUUCCUCGUCCGCCAAGAGCAAGCACUCUUCCUCACACUCCUCAGCAGGAACAGGAAGUGUGGUGCUCAAACCACCACCCUCCGCACCACCCACUCACAUACCACCCCCCCUGCUAACAAAUGUGGCUCCAAGGGCCAUCAACCUGCCUAUGCGCUUGCCACCCCAUUUGAGCCUGGCCCCCGCCCAUUUGCCCAGAUCGCCCAUUGGUCAUGAGGCGAGUGGCAGUUUCAGCACAUCAUCAGCAAUGUCACCUUCGUUCUCGCCCUCUCUAUCGCCGUUGGCAACAAGGUCGCCAUCCAUUUCGCCCCUGGGAGCGGGACCACCCACGCACCUGCCCCAUGUCUCGUUGCCCCGCCACGGUCAUGCCCCUCAGCCCAGUCAGAGGGGAAAUGUGGGGACACGGAUGUAAUCGAGCACUGGAGCUGUAUAUCCAUAUAGUAUUAAUUGAGCCACCCCACUCUCCCAUACACCCAUACAAACACAAAAGCACACAUCGAACCACUCACACUUAUUUAAAUUGCUGUAUAUAUAACAUAUAUUACCAUCUAAGUAACGAUUGCAUAGCUUAUGUGCCCCACCGGAAAGCCAAUUAUCGUAUUGCGUCCUUCGGGGCGCACAUUACAAAACUAAUCACUUUUAAUUCGGCCUUAAAAAUCCAAUUAACCAACCUAACCCUGUUCCUGGUGGGCAAGGAUGCAAUGCAAUCGCAGUAACGACAACAAAGCCAACAAAGACUCUCUGAAAAGCGAGGAGCAGCAGGAGCCGGAACAGCCAUACGUUGUAAGCAUUUAGAGCCUAGAAUAACAACCGAACUCGAACCGAAUACACUCGAAUCUGUAUCCGUAGCUCAUAAGAAUCUAUAACUGUAGCUGUAGCGUAGGACUAAGCUAGUUGUAUCGGAGCAAACCAAGUGCACUUAGGCAGCAGGUCAUCCCUGUUUAAAGAGGAUCAGAUCCGGCUGCAUCUCACAUUUCCAUUCCAAUCCAUAUGACGGUGAGAUGGGAAACAUUGUAAAAAGUUGUUUUUAGUAACCAAUGGGGGAAAAGAAAAGAAACCCUUGUAUAAAACUGAAAUGAAAUAAUGGAGCAAAGAAUGAAAACGAAAUGUAUCUAAGUAUUUUUUUAAGUAAAGCCUAGUUACUAGUUAUUAUAUAUGUACAUGUAUAGCUAUGGAUCAUAGUGUAUGUUCACUUGUGUGUGAUGCUACUUGUGUAAUUCUUUACGUUCUAGCAAAAACUGUAAAAAUGUUAAACAGUCUAAGGAUCCACUAUCUGCUAAGCCAAUAGUUUGUAUUAGCUAAACGAAAGCAAGAGAAUAAAUAUUUAAAUAAUACAAAUUUA